GGCAGCGGAUCCGCGAGCGAAAGGGAGGAUUCUGGAGGAUCGAGGCCUCAAGCUGUGCCCAGCAAAGAGAAAUGCCAGUGGCUGGAGGAAGUAUUAGAGGGAGCACGGAUUCUAGAGCUCAACGAGACAGAAUGUUAUUUUCUGGAAGACGAUGAAAGAGGCAUGAUCAGUGCUCGAACCGAAAUGGCGGCCCCCGGCGUCGUUCGAUCUUUGCUGGUUUCCAGCACGGAUUCCGAGCUCGAGAAAAUGGUUUUGGAAAGGCUGGAUGAAUUUGGCACUGAUGAAAGCAAUGUAGGCAACUUCGCCGCUCCGUGCGAGAGGAACGCAGAGAAAUCUUUGUCUGAAUGGGCAAAGGAUAGAGGAGUCAAAAGCAACAUUGGCAUAGCUGAUUUUGAAGGAUAUGGUAGAGGAGGGGCUGCAGCGUGCGAUUUAAAAGCUGGAGAUUUCGUCCUUGAGAUUCCCAGCGAGAUAAUUAUCUCUGAAACUGUCACGCUGGAGUCGGAUGUGGUGAGUCGGAUUUCUGUUCGAUUUUCUCCGUGCUUGUUUUGACGUCGUGAUUUGAGAAGGGAAAAGUACUGGCGAGCAGUAGAUAGUUGUUGAAUUUUUCUGGGAGGGGAUUGUUCGUUUUCAUGGGAUUCCUCAGGACAUUGUUUCUGAUCGGGAUCCAAAGUUUUCUCAGCUUUUUGUCAACUUUAUCAUCCAGAGUCUGAUGGCCAGACAGAGAGAACCAAUCACACUCUAGAGGCUCUUCUACGUGCAUACGCCUUCAUCUUGGCUCCGCUGGUUGGCUCAUGCUGAAUACGCUUACAACACGAGUCAUCAUUCUGCUAUUGGAAUGUCCCGUAUGCAGCAUUAUAUGGUCGAGAGGUGCCUGGUCUAUUUUCUCCACUGAUCGUUCAAGAUUCUGGUCUACAAGAGCAUCUUCACGCCAUACAGGAACUCCAUACUCUUGUUUGCAAGCAUCUCCAUGCUGCCCAGGAUUCCAUGAAGUUUUUUGCGGACCAGCACGGAACUUUUCGAGCCUUUGAGGUUGGGGACUGGGUUUAUGUACGGUUUCGGUGGGAGAGUGUACUCACUCUCGCUCCAAGCUGCACCUGCACCUGCAAUUCUU